AUGGAACUACAGGACACGAUCAACGCUUACAACCUGUCCGCUGCAGUCGCCGCCGCCGCCGACGACGACGUCGCCAUGCCGUGCUUCGCGACGCGCACAGCGCCAUCUGUAAACAUCUGCACGUACGAGGCGCGUCGCGACAAGUUCGUGUCGGCGAUGCUGCUUAGCGACGGCGUUUGGGAGCCCGACGUCACAGCGGCCUUCCAGGAGGCGCUGCGGUUCUACCCGGAUGCCGUCGUCGUCGACUUGGGCGCCAACGUCGGCUACUACUCGCUGCUCGGCGCCGCCAUGCGGCAUGACGUCAUCGCCGUUGAGCCUGUGCGCGAGAACGUGCGUCGGCUCCACAAGGGGGCGCUGCUGAGUGGCGUCGCCGGAAGCAUCCGCGUGUUACUGAACGCCGUGUCCAGCCGACACGAACACGUGACGUUCACGUAUCGCGAGAACAACGUCGGCGGGACGAGCGUCAGGGCGAUCAGCGUCGCCGACGCAGAGCGGCUGACGCAGCACGCGCGCGACGCAGUGGCGACGACGCUGACGACCGACGACCUGCUCGACGUCAUGAACGUGACGCUAGCCGUCAUGAAGAUAGACAUCGAGGGAUACGAAUGCAGGGCAUUGCUGUCUGCGCAGCGAUUCCUGGAUCGCGUCUUCGUGCCCUACAUCUUCAUCGAGUGGCGGGUGAUGUUCCGACACCAGCACUUCGCCGAUUCGCCGUGCCUCACGAGCGACAUCCGGCGCCUGAGCGCCAUAUUGGACAGCCGGAAGUACGUACCCUACGUGACCAAAGAUGGCCGCAUGCUCGAGGCGGUGCACAGCGCCACCCGGUGGCAGGACGGGGAUGUAUAUUGGAGACACUGGGAGGCGCCGCGUCUGCACGACACGUGACCUGCUGCUGCAGCGCCACCUCGUGGGAGUGGUGGAACGGUGGCGCCCUCCUGCGGUCGUCGUGCAUCUGUUGUUGGUGUUCCGUCGUGAGGGACGCG